AUGUUCAACAACAAACAAGACCUAGAAAACCUAAUACCUCACAAGAAGUAAUCAGUUAAUGAUUCUCCAAUCAGUUCAUCUGUUGAUAAUUCUACAGUUGAAAAAGAUAUUCUGAGAGAAACUAGAAGAAAGACUACACUUGCAUUCAUUCUCAUGUUCUUUUACGUCAUCUUGACCUCCUUAGCCGACUCAGUAUCAAAGCUUAUAUACAUAAAACAUAAAGAGUUGAGCGUAUAUGAAUUCCUCUUCUGGAGAGCUUUUGUUUAACUAUCUUUCAUGGGUGGACUUAUUAACAGGAAUGCUAAAGAAAUUCUGAUUAGAAAUGUGACUAGAGAUAUGCUGCUUCCCUUAUCUAUUAGGGUAUUUACAGGCGUCAUAUCUUUUUACUUUAUCUAUACCGCAAUCAAGUUCCUACCAAUCUUUAUUGUUUCUCUAGUCAUAAAUCUAGCUCCAAUCUUCACUUCAAUUAUGGGCUUUAUGUUUUUAAAGGAGCGAAUUACUAGAACUGAGGUAUUUGCUCUGUUUCUUGCUUUCAGUGGAGUAUUUAUCUUAGUAUCUUCGUCGACUUCCAACUUUUCUGAGGAAAACAAAACUUCACCAACUGACACAAUCACAUCUAGCGAUUAAAAAAUUGAAGAAACUCAGUCAAAUAUCAGACUAAUUCCAUUCAUCUUAUUGAUUGCAGCUGCAGUAAUGAUGGCUACAACUAAUAUCUUACUUAGACAUAUGAAAAAGAUGCAUGAGUAUACUUCUGCAACUUAUGCUGUGCUAGCUUCUAUUUUCUUUUUUGGUUUUGGUAUCCCUAUUUCAGGUUCAGAGAUGAUAAUUAGUACCUAAUUUGAUUCAUAAGACUACGUUAUUAUGGUAUUUGUAGCACUUUGUGGUAUCGGAGGCUUGAUAUGCAAGACUAAAGCUAUGUAAUUAGAGAUGGCCAGUAGAUUAAGUAUCCUAAUUUACUUCUCAGUUAUCUUUUCAUUGGUCUUUGAUCUGAUCCUGAUUGGAACAAUUUUUAAUACUAACGAAAUUUAUGGAAUGAUAGUGAUUUUUAUGGCAAAUGCUUUAUCAGUUUAUGUGAUUUUUGCCAAAUUCUAUUAGAAAUAGGAUGAUAAGUUUGUUAAGAAAUGA